ACGAAACUGCGGGUCGCUAUUUACCUGCAAUAAACAGCAAUCGAGCGUUAUCCUUCAAUCCGGGCGCGCGCGUGUGUUUGUGUGUGUGUGUGUGUGUGUGUGUGUGUGUGUGCGUUAGAGUGAGACCUCCGCGAGACGAAAAGCAAAAGGGCAAGCGGGCAGAAGUUUCUUCAGGCCAAGCAGUUUUCAGCACUUGAGAAGUUUUUGCGCGCCGGGGUUCGAAAUCCGAACUGAAGCGUCGAAAAUAAUUAAAGCAAGCGUGGUGCAAGCGGUGUUGCGGCGAAGGUGACGGAGUGUAAAAAUCGAUCGAAAUCCGGUUAUCUAAAUUUAUCCUUCGGGGGCAUUUAACGCUUAACGAAAACAAAAAAAAAAACAGGAUUGAAUUUAGGCAAAUUUUAACCCCUCCGUCCUGCCCCCAGAUUGCUGCGAUCCGCGCGGCGUAGUGUGAGUGCUGUUUGGCGGGCCCUAUUUUAAGGCGCCUGGUAGGUAGGCAAUCGAGUGUAUCGAAAGCGGUUGCGCGCGUUCACCCCACUUGUUUUCUUCGUUUUCGGUUCGUCCAGGCGCGCUUAUCGUUAAUUUGUGAAAAACGGGUAAAAACAAAACUGGCGUUUGUUCUUUUUUUCCGUCUUCUCCUCUCAACUCGACGCUAAAAAAAAAAGGCUAAUCGUGAUCGGUACCGCCGCCGCCGCCGCCGCCGCCGCCGCCGCCGCCGCCGCCGCCGCCGCCGCCGGGAGUGUGCCGUUAUAAAUUUCAUCCAUUUCGAUCGUCGCCCCCGUUCCUUUUUGGGCUUUCCGUCGCGCCCAUCGAUUGUGUAACCGGAACCGCGAGUAGGCGAGUAGUGCUGUGAAUAUUUUGGGCUGUCACGGGUAGGAUUACACCCGCAAAAAAGAAGACUCCCGGUGAGUUCGUUGUGAGGUUAGACAUCACGACUGGCGGCAAACGGAGCGAAGCUCGGAUCAGCAGGACGAAGGAGGUGGUCCAGUUGACGGGUUGAUUAAUUAGCCCAGCGACAGCACGACACUGAACACUGAAGGAAGGAAGCUUCACCCAACACACCACCACCAACAACACAGCCAGGAUGCCGCUCAAGAGACGUAACACGAAUCGAAUCUCCUCGAUGCAGAAGAUCGGCAAGGGAGAACCGGUCGACAACGAUGAGUUCGACACGUGGAUGAAGUCGAAGCAGCUGCUCAAGCCGGACGAUCAGCUCGACCUGACCGAGGCGGAGCUGGGCGAGGAGAUCCCGAAGCUGCUGUCGACCGAGAACCGCCACCUGCCGCGCAACCUGGUCGUGUACGACUUCCGGGAGGGUGCGUUCCUGCCGGUGCCACCGCCCGAGAACACGAUCACGCUGCUCGAGUUCGAGGGCACCUCCAUCCACAAGGACACGGACGAGGCGAAGGAGCAGAUCUCGCGCAAGGGCACCGACGAGUUGAAUGUCACGCUGGACAAACCGAAGGAAACUCUCGCCGAAGACCAGGAGGACACGAAAAAGCCCGACACACCGGAAACUGGUGACGGCGAAGAGGGUGAACGGGAUGAAGAUGAAGCUGAAGGUGAAGGCGAAGGUCAAGAGCAGGAGGAAGAAGUACAGCCUCCGCCGGAAGAGGAAGCUCCGAAGAAGAAGCUCACGAAUCAGUUCAACUUUUGUGAACGUGCCGCCUUGACGAUAGCGAACCCGUCACGGUCCGUCGACACUCAAACGAUACCACCGCCCAGAUCAUCGUACGGUGCCAGCGUGCUUCAGUGGGUGAUCUACGAUUCCUACAUCGAGGAUUACGCGCAGCAGCAGCGCGAGAAGGAACGCGAGAAGGAGAAAAAGCCCGGCCUGCAGCGGCGCGACGAGAAGAGCCGCAAGGACGAGAAGGCCAAACAGGCGGAAGAGUUCAACAAGCGCUACCUGCAGGCGUGCCAGAUCAUCGAGCGGAUGGUGAACCAGAACAUUUACGACGAGAUCGCCCAGGACUAUCGCUACUGGGAGGAUCCGUCCGAUGAGUUCCGCGAGGAGGAGGGCACACUGCUGCCGCUGUGGAAGUUCUCCUACGAGCGGACGAAGAAGAUGUGCGUUACCGAUCUUUGCUUCAACACGCUCUACUACGAUCUGUUUGCCGUCUGCUUUGGGACACUGGACUUUAUGAAACAGAACGCUGAAGGUGCCGUUUGCUUGUUCACCAUUAAAAAUCCCUCCUUCCCGGACUAUAGAAUUGCCACCGAAAGUGGUGCCAUGUGCUGCGACAUUCACCCCAAGUACCCGUACCUGAUUGCGAUCGGCCUGUACGAUGGGAACGUGAUCGUGUACAACCUGCAGGUCGGUACGAAGGAGGGCCCGGUCUACAUCUCGCACGGCGUCAACGGCAAACACGCGGAGUGCGUGUGGGAGAUCAAGUGGGGCCCGGACAUGCAGGAUGGCGAAAUCAACUUUUUCUCCGUGUCGGCCGACGGGAAGGUGUUCAACUGGGUGCUGAUGCAGAACAAGCUGGCCAUUACCACGAUCAUUACGCUGUUUCUCGAGCUGGAUCAGGUCAGCGGUCCGGAUGGGAGUACGCUGCGGCUGAAGGGUAGCGGCACUUGUAUGGUGUUCCAUCCUCACAAUCAAGAAAUUUUCCUCGUCGGUACGGAGGAAGGAUACAUCUUUAAGUGCAGCACAGCGUACAGCUCGAAAUAUCUGAUGACGUAUCAUGCACACUAUCUGCCGGUGCAUCGGAUGGAUUACAACAAGUUCAAUUCGAACAUUUUCGCCUCCUGCAGUGGCGAUUGGCGCGUGAAGAUAUGGGAAGAUAUGCGCCCUGAACCUCUUUUCAUCUUCGAUCUGGGCUCCUCAGUGGGCGACGUGAAGUGGGCACCGUACUCGAGCACCGUUUUCGCGGCCGUCACGACCGAGGGCAAGGUGUUUGUGUUCGAUCUGAACGUGAACAAGUACAAAGCCAUCUGUACCCAGGCGAUCGUUUCGAAGCGCAAGAACAAGCUUACCCGGCUGGCGUUCAACCAGAAGCUGCCGUUUAUCAUCGUCGGGGACGAUAAAGGCACAACGAUUACGCUGAAGCUUUCACCUAACCUACGCAUCAAGACCAAGAUGGGCAAGAAGGCGGGCGUCGUCGAUCCGCAGCUGCUCGAGAGCCAGAAGCUGGACCGGUUGCUGUCGCUCGUUCGUGAGCUACCGGAAGGUGAAACGGUCAAGGAAACCGUGUCGACCGUCGCAUCGAACUAAGAACGAGGAAGAAAUUUAGAGAUUGCGAGGAAGAGCGACCUGUUUUUGUGUACGCUAUCGAACCCACCUUUGGCAAACGUACGUUUAUCGAGAGCAAAAUUCGCAGCAUGGCAGACAUGCAAGACAGCCAACGGAGGAUCGGUGGAUGUAGUGGACCGGUUCGUUUUGAUUGUUAUUUUUCGGAUCCCGCGCACGGAGUAUGAAAUAAACGAGUCGUCGAAAG